AACGAUCCAGAAAGAUUUCUACAGAGCUUUGUCAUAAUGUUAUCAAUGUAAAGUGUAGAGGCACAGGGCGUGGAUACACUGAUAAACGCAAUCAAGGCUUGUCAACAGUUUCAAAUGUAUACAAACCAGUUUUCUUGUGAAAUUUACCUUUCUAUUGGUUUAUUUUAUAACUUAGUAGUGCUAUAAUUAUAAGUAUCUUUUUCUAUAUUAAACCAAAAUGAGUUUUAUCAAGAAAUUUCCUGAAAUGAAUAACAAUGUUUACGAACGACCGGAUCAUUCUGCAUGGUUGCAAACUAUUCGUGAGCAAGAUGAAUUGUGUGACGUCACAAUAAAAGUAAGAAAUAAAAAAAUUCGAGCACAUAAAUUAGUUCUCGCAGCAACGAUAAAUUAUUUCCAUAGAAUGUUUCUUGGCAACUUUGAAGAACGUAUGAAAGAUGUAAUAUCCAUUGACAACUUUGACGAAGAAAUUAUGGAAGCUAUCGUUACAUUUUCCUACACCGGUAAAAUAGCUUUUACCAAGGAAAACGCAGCGGAUCUGUUGAAAGCCGCCGACUUUUUCGAGUUGACCGAUGUAAAAGAUAACUGCAUGAAGUUUUUAAAAUACAAUCUUGAAACUAAAAAUGUUUUCGCUAUACUCCAUCUUGCGAAAUUAGUACCAGGAUGCACUUCUUUAUUAGAACGUUCGAAGACAUUUAUUCGACGUAAUUUUCGAGAAGUGUCAUUAACAGACGGUUACAGAAACAUUGAUAUUGAAUUAUUAGAAAGUAUACUGUCUAGAAAAGUUCCACCGAUAUAUAAUUCAGAAAUAAUUUUCGAAGUCAUCAUGAGAUGGAUUUCGACUGACGUCGAUAGCAAAAUGACUCAUUUGUCAGAAUUAUUGCGCCAUGUAAGUCUAUUCGACCUUUCCAGCCAGUUCCUUAUUAGUUUUUUGUUCGAAGAUGAAUUCAGAGAUAGUGUAGGUCCCAAGCAUAGAGAAAUCGUAGCUGAAGUCUUGUCAGUUUUUAACGAAUUGAAACUAAACAACGAUUCGAAAAAUACUACAACAGAUGAAACUAAUUCAUUAGAUUUAUAUAAUAUGCCCGGAACAUCAUUAGUUAAGUUUUCGUCGAUCAUUGAUACUGACAUAGAGUUUAGAAAUAACGCUACGCACUGUAUAAAAACACGUUUUCAUUCCAUAACGGCUAUGAAUGAAUACAUGUCUAAGUCUUUCGAAGAAUUACGUUUCGAAGAUUAUAAUGCUGGACGCAAUGAAGGGUAAAAUACCUAUAAAGAUGUAGCUCAAAGUCCCUUAUGAUCUCAAUUCGAACAAAUAAAAAGAGCCACGAGUCGGAGAUAAUUUA